CGGGCGGAGCAAAGGGCGGGGGGGAUGCGCAUGCGCGGUGUGUGCGCGUGAGGCCCGUCAGACCUGCGCCGAGGGUGCGGCCGCCAUGGGGAAGCUGAACGUGGCCGUGCUGCGGUACCUGAGCGGGCAGCACUUCAGGGUGCUCACCGCGGUGGAAAUGGGCAUGAAGAACCACGAGAUAGUUCCUGCCAGCUUGGUCGCGCCCAUCGCCAGCCUGAAGCACGGCGGCUGUAACAAGAUUCUGAGAGAGCUGGUGAAGCACAAGCUCCUGGCUUACGAACGGACUAAAACGGUCCAGGGCUAUCGGUUAACUAAUGCAGGAUAUGAUUACCUUGCCUUGAGAACUCUGUCUUCCCGGCAAGUCAUCAGUUCUGUUGGAAACCAGAUGGGUGUUGGCAAAGAAUCAGAUAUUUAUAUUGUUGCAAAUGAAGAUGAGCAGCAGUUUGCAAUGAAACUGCACAGGCUUGGAAGAACUUCCUUUCGCAGCCUGAAAAAUAAGCGUGACUACCAUAAGCACAGACACAAAAUGUCAUGGCUGUAUUUAUCUCGGCUAGCAGCCAUGAAGGAGUUUGCCUACAUGAAGGUAGGUAGUUGUUUGCACCAUAUUAACAAGGAUGUGAUAGACUGGAACGUACUUCUCAGAUUAUCUUCUCAUCACUUCGUAUUUGCAAUACUGGCUUUGUAUGACAGAGAAUUUCCUGUUCCAAAACCUGUAGACUACAACAGGCAUGCAGUUGUUAUGGAACUCCUUGAUGGCUACCCUUUAUGCCAAGUACACCAAAUAGAAGACCCUGCUGCUGUCUACAGUGAAUUAAUGGAUCUAAUUGUAAAACUUGGCAAUCAUGGUUUGAUUCAUGGGGAUUUCAAUGAAUUUAAUCUCAUACUGGAUAAUGAUGAUCAUGUCACUAUGAUUGAUUUCCCUCAGAUGGUAUCAACAUCACAUCCAAAUGCUGAAUGGUAUUUUGACAGAGAUGUUAACUGCAUUAAGGAGUUCUUUAAGAAACGCUUCAACUACGAGAGUGAGCUCUUUCCAUCAUUCCAAGAUAUCAGGAGAGAGAGUUCUCUUGACGUAGAGAUUGCUGCCAGUGGUUAUACAAAAGAAAUGCAGGAAGAUGAUGAACUGCUUUACGCAGUGGGUUCUGAUGAGGAUGAUCAUACAACAGAGGAGAGGGAAUUUGUAGAAGAUGCUGAAAGUAACGCCAACAUCCUCGGCCAAGAUAAAGAAAACAGUGCAGACUUCAUAUAUGAAGUGGUUUCUGAAAGCAGAACCUCCGAAGACUUGUAUCACAGUAAAGAUGCUGAAGCCACUGAAAGUAGUGAAAAUUCACGAAGACUGAGUAUGUCAGAGUUGAGUUCAGCCUUAGAAAAGGUUGAAGGGCAGCCUGUGCUUUGGAAGUCCAGUGAAGAUGCAGAGAGUUGUGCAAUUGGAUUUUCUGAGCACAAAAGAAUACCUGAAAAUGCUGCUGAAAAUCAGACGGGUCCAGGAGAGGACUGUAGUGGUAAGGACAACGAAGAUGAAUGCCCUGAUCUGGUUGACUUGUCAACUUUAAAUAAGGAAUUGAUGUCUUACAGAAACGAAGACAGUAUGGUUCAUAUUGCGGAGCACAGAACAAGAACUAAAAGUACGUCAGCCAGCAGUGUUGGGAGCUGUUCAACCAUUCCACCGGAACUGGUGAAAAGGAAGAUAAAACGCCAGCUGACGAAACAGCAGAAGUCUGCUCUGAGGCGACGACUACAGAAAGGAGAGGCAAACGUUUAUACCAAACAACGUCGAGAAAAUAUGCACAACAUUAAGUCAAGCUUGGAUGCAGCUAGUUUCUGGGGAUAAUUUAUCAUAGCUGCCACAGAACAUGAGAAAACUCACAGUACAUACAGCUGAAACAGUUACUUAAUAACCAACAAUUCUUUUAUACAGUGGAGGAAAAGUUCUUUACAACACAAUGUAUUUCUGGAAAUUAAUAAACAUCACUCUGGUUCCUC